AACAGUGAUUACGUAACGAUUGAAAGUUUUUUUUAAUUUAAAUUUUUUAUUUUUUCAAACUUUCGGUUAACACUCAAACAACACGUGUUGACCACUGCCGGCCACAAACGGUAAGCGCUUACAAGUCGAGGAAUAAAGAAAAAUUUGUCGACAAAAUGCAUGCCAUGGAUACUGGCAAUGAUGACUCGGCAAUGGCCAGUAGUAGUAGUAGUAGUAAAACCGAAAUCUGGGAUUUCGGCAAAGAUGGCAAAGAAAAUGUGGUCACAACUACAAUGGCAUCAGUUGUGGCCAUUGAUGGCGAUGUUGCCAAUGCCGCCAAUCGUCAAACGGGUUAUAAGUUAGUCAAUUUGUCCGAUUCUUCUGCCGUCGCCGCCGGCGGCGACCCGAAUAUCACGAUUAAUGGUCAGUCAGCGGAACGACCGAAAGUGCUAUACGUUCGCGACCGCUAUGCCGUCGACACCGGCGAGUCGUUUGACAAAUGUUUUGCCGAUCAAAGAUUUGUCGGCGCCUUUCGUAUCGAUGGCCAACAGCGCUACGAUGACAAUAAUUGCCGACCAAAUCUUAUCCAAUUGGACACCGAUAUGGAACAGAUUGCCAAACGAAAUGUCAAUCUAAUGGAUGGUUUCGAGAACUCUUCACUAAUCGUUGACUACAAGUCAUACAAACAAUUAAAAUGGAAAUACUUUCUUCAGUGGAUCCGUCGGUCGCAAUAUCUUGAGAAUCGACCGGCAAAUCAAUUGCCAGAGUUUGUAUCGUUCGGCGGUCUCUACACUUCAAUGCUGAUGACACCGAAUCAUAUCGAAGAUUGGACUCUAUUGAUAGCCAAAUAUAAGAAUACGAUUUAUAUGAAUAAAAUCCGUUUCGAUGAAGACAACAACCGUUUUGGUGGUCGAUAUAAAUCUCGUAGAGACGAGUUUAGCGACAAUUUGGGAUCACCGGUGGAUAACAAAAGUUUUACAAAUAAUAUUACUUAUUUGGCCACAAAAGUCACUCAAAUCAUUACCAAUGGUGACAAACAAGCCAUCAAUACAGCCAUCAAUGAGUAUGAAAAGUACUUCAAGUGUUACGAAACAAAUAUAGGCGUUCAUAGAUUGUUACUGAUGUCCGAAAUCGAUGCCAUCGACGAAGAGGACAACUAUUACGAUAUUAAGUGCUCAAAGAGUACGGCUUUCGGUCAAAAAUUAUUGAAUUGGUGGGCGGGUUGUGUGGUCGCUGACAUUGACUAUAUUCUGGUCGGUAUUCAAGACAACAAUAACGUACUGAAGCAAAUCGAUAAGAUGGCCGUCCGCGAGAUUCCCGAUUUGCCGCGUUUUCGCUGGAAUUGCGACGAGGCGUAUGAUUUUGUUAAUCGUAUACUUAACUAUAUUAAGGAACUGAUGAAAGAUGCGGAAGAUUUGGACACUUAUAAGGUGUACUUCAGGAAACGCGACCGAAAUUGCGUUCGAAGCGCUAAACAGCCAAUCAAUGGAUUGUUACCGGUUUGGUUCACAUCGGGUACUGAAGUCACCGCUGAAUUGGCGGAGACUGCGACCACUGACCACUGAUGAUAAUAAUUAUCAAUCGGAUACUAAACACAGCGUCAUAUAAAUGAAAUGAUUUGUUUCUAAUUAAUUAAUUUAUUGUUUAAUUUUGUUUAACUAAUAUUACUAUUUAUUAUUUAGUUACCACUAUCGGUAAUUUAAUUUAUUAUGAAAUAUCUGACAUUAUAAUAGCAGGGUAUUUUACAUCUACCGGUACUGUACCGAUAAUCGGUUUUCAGGUGCCGCUCACACUGAUUGCACAGGUAGUUGUAAUACCGUAAUAGUAUUAGUAGUAUUACCUUACAGUGCAUUACGGUAAUUGAUCUACAAAUUGUAGGAUACAAUUUCACAUAUUUAUUCAAACUAUAUUUAUAAUGUAUUGACAUAGAUUUUGUAAAUUAAUUAUCUAAUG